CGGUGCUGUGUUUCUAUCCAUUUCAACUCCAUCUAUGUGAAUGAUGUAGUGCCUCCGCACGACCUUGGAGGGUUUAGAUGAUCAUGGCUGAAACUGGCGUGGCGACAUCAUCGCUGGAAGGGCACCGCAUCAAAGAUGCUCCAGCAUCGAUGUACUACAUCCCCGACUUCAUCUCAGCGGAGGAAGAGGCCUUCAUACUAUCCAAGAUUCCCGCAAACCGCUGGAUCUCCCUCUCGCAUCGUCGACUCCAAGCACUUCCAGCACGACUAACCGCAUCCAACGUCCUGGUCGCAUCAGCUGGACUUCCGACCUGGCUGGCGAAGCCCGCAGUGGAACGCAUCGAGGCCCUGGGUCUUCUCGCCACCGCUCCACACGGCAUUAACCACUGCUUGAUCAACGAGUACGAGCCCGGCCAAGGAAUCAUGCCACAUGAAGACGGCGCCGCGUAUCAUCCCGUCGUGGCGACUGUGAGUCUAGGCGGGAGCAUUGUGCUUGACGUAGUGGAGAAGACGCGGAACGAGCGCGAGAAAGACGAACGACAGGCCUGGCGCAUUCUGCAGGAGCCGAGAUCGCUGCUCAUCACUACGGGCUCGGCCUAUACCGACACUUUACACGGCAUUGCGGAGGUGAAGGAAGAUGUCGAUCUGGACGAAACAACAGUGGCUAACUGGAUGCUGCUGGGCGAUCGGGAGUCGAUUACGGCGUCUGCUGGACGUAACGAGCGCACCACUCGCAUCAGCCUUACAUUUCGAGACGUGCUGAAGGAGUCGAAAGUCGGGUCGAAAAUCUUUGGCAAAACGAAGACGUGAACUGGAAGCGGUAACUAUGCUCACAGGCUAUCG